AUGAUGGACCCGCCCUGGCAGCUCGCCACCGCGAAUCCCACCCGAGGCGUGUCCCUCGGGUACAGCCAGCUCACCGACCAGUCUAUUGCGGACCUUCCCAUCCCCAAGCUCCAGAAGAACGGCUUCCUAUUUGUCUGGGUCAUCAACGCGAAGUACCAGUGGACGCUCGAGCAGUUCAAGAAGUGGGGUUAUGAGUUCGUGGACGAGAUCGUCUGGGUCAAGGUCACCAACAGCCGCCGUCUCGCCAAGUCACACGGUUUCUACCUCCAGCACGCCAAGGAGGUGUGCCUCGUGGGCCGCCGCGGCGAGAAGCCCCCUGGCAUGAGCGACAAGGCUGUAGGCAGCGAUAUCAUCUUCGCCCCGCGCCGCGGACAAAGCCAGAAGCCCACCGAGAUCUACGAGCUCAUCGAGGAGAUGGUCCCCGGCGGGAAAUACCUCGAGAUUUUCGCGCGCAAGAACAACCUCCGCGACUAUUGGGUCUCUGUGGGCAACGAG